ACCAAGACCACCUUGGUGGAGGAGAUGAGGACCACCAUGGUGGCCCGGAGCCAGAUGCUGGAGCUGGAGGAGAAGGUGCAGAUGCUCACAGGCCAGCGGGACAGCCUGGAGCAGGAGCUGAGUGCCACCAGCUUGGAGCUGGAGAAGGAGAAGGUCCGAGUGCAGAGUGUGCUGCUGCACGAGGAGUCCCUGCAGGCCAAGCAGAAGCUCCUGCUGCAGCAGCUUGACAGGCUGGACCGGGAGCGGGAGGAGCUGCAGAACAGCCUGGAAGAGGCCAAGGAGGACAAGGCCCGGCUGGAGGAGCAGCUGGAGCAGAGCCGGGAGCAGAGCGGGAAACAGCUCCAGGCACAGCAGGAGCUGCUGGACACGCUGCAGCAGGAGAAGCUGGCCCUGGAGCAAUCCAUCCUGGAGCUGCAGACAAACACGUCCCGGCUGGAGGAGCAGGCGCAGGAGCUGAGGGAGCGGGAGAGGCUCCUGGUGUUCUUCCCUGAGCUCCAUGUCCCCACUGAGGCGCAGUUUGAGAGCAGGAGGGAUGCCCACACCUCUGAGCAGGCUGAGCUCCGCUGGAUUUUGCCUGCAGGCACUGGGAACUUGACGGAGGACAUGGAGAAUCAGCUCCAGGCCAACAGCAUCCGGAUCGGGGUGCUGGAGCGGGAGAACGCGCGGCUGGGCGCUGUGCUGGCCAAGGUGAAGGCAGCUGCCCAGCAGGGCGUGCUCAAGCUAAUCCCACAGGCCCAGCUGGGGUCCCAGCUCCAAGGGAAGGCCAGCGGGCAGGACACAGGGUGGCCCAGCAGGGGAGGCAGCAGCGACAGCAGAGACAGCAGGGACAGCAGAGGGAUGCCGGGAUGCAUGGACAAGGCCUGGCAUCGAGUUCCCAGCAGCCAGCACUCCAAGGUGCUCCGGGCAGGGCCCACAUUCCAGGCCAGACCCAGCCUGUCGCUCCCAGUGGGACGCCUGGGGCUCGACCCCCCCUUGCACCACACGGGGACCCACCACAAAUAAACA